CAAACAGUCACUGCGGUCAAAGUCGAGGCCCGCCAGCAUGGUACAAUCAACUACACCCUGCGGAAUCCCGCAUGGAUCUUGUCGAGACCUAGGUAUUCUCUUGUCAAUGUCAACGUCAAGUUUUCCCCUGGUCUAAACGUCCGCCCUCUUCAACGGGCAGCUAGCUUCUAUAUGUUUGACAUUCUUCCUCCAUCAAAGCUGCCGUUGUCUCAAAUCCUAAGAGACCUCUUUUUCAGUAUCUUCAAAGCAUCACAAAGGUUGGGUGAUCCCAGACAAUGUUAUGCAUAGCGCAAUAUCUCGACUGAAAACAAUGAAAGAAAAGAAGAAAAAGAAAAAAUAGUAGUAGUAACACCUCUCCCACCCAGUUUGAGUCUAUAUGUAAUUAAAACACAACUUGGUGCUUUACUAAUAUCUCAAAAACUCCAUGCCCCAAAAUGCAAUCCGAAAAGGAAAAAAAAAAAAAAAA